AUGGCGAGGCACGGCGGCGGCGGCGUCGUCGGCGAGAUCACCGUCGCCAGCGGCGGUGGCGGCAUUGCUUACCCGGGCGGGGCGGCGCGUGCCUACACGCCGGAGCCGAGCCCUCACCAGGUGCCAAUCGAAAUAGAAGAGCAAAUAUACUCCCCCAUGUUUGGUAACAUUGCUGUGCCUGACAGUCGAGGUUGCUGUAGUGGUUUCAUAGCCAGUGUCACAAAGAUCCUGUUCAUCUUGCACCUCCUUGGUUUCAUCGCCCUCACAGUCUUCCUGGGAGUUCAGGCUUCUUCCCACCAGAAUCCUGGCUACAAGCCCUUUGCCAACUUCAUUCCUCUUGCCUCUUCUGUGAUAGUAUCUGUUUUUGCUGCCUGCUUUUGGACUAUCCUUGCUGUCACUAAUCCUCCAAAAGCCAUCAAAACAUCUCUCUGGUCAGCUCCCGUUCUCGCACUUGCCUGCGAUGUAGUUAUACUCCUUGUCGGUGAUGGUGCUGCCCUGGGUAUUGGAGUGCUCAUAGUUGUGAUUGCCAUUGCAGCGGCACUAUACAGCUGUUGGGCCACUGGUCCACGUCUUCAGCAUGGCGCUGCAGUACUUGCCGCCUCUGUCAAUGGAGCACAUUUGCCGUUUAGUGCUUCUUGCCUUGUUGUUUUUGUUAUCUUUGCUGCAGUUGGCUAUAUGGCCUUCUGGACAGUUGCCAUCAGCUGCAUUGCAGCUGUAGAAGGACACUUAAUGAACUUCCAGAUGAUCUAUGUGGCUGCCCUCCUGGUAAGCAUGUCAUGGACCAUGCAAGUGCUGCGCUACUUUGUCUAUGUGGCCGUGGCAAGACUGGCACAUGCACGGCUAGUCUAUGGAGUUCGUAUGCCAGGCGGUGCCGUUGAAGCAUUCUGUGGCACACUAUCAGGGCCAGCGUUUGGUGACAUAUGCAUGGGGGCUGUGGUUGUCCCGGUGAUUGCAGCAGUAAGGAGUUUUGCUCGAGUGAUAAACACUGUCACAGGGGGCAACGACGAGUUCCUUUUCACAUGCCAGGGCUGCUGCCUGACUGCAUCGGAUAAAAUGAUGGGACGGGUGAACCGCUGGGGUUUUGUGCAUGUGGGGGCUCGGGGGAAGGCGUUCUGCGUGGCUUCAAGGGAUGUCUGGUCCCUUUUUGUUCUCCGUGGGAUGGCAAAGCUUGUUGAUGCAGACCUCACUGGCUCAUUCUGCUUCCUUUCGGCUGUCACAGGAGGCGCUUUGGCCUCACUGGUUGCUGGCUCAUGGGCACUAGCCAUGGAUAGGGAUCAUAAGGACCUAGCUCUGCCCAUUGCGAUCUAUUCAUUUCUCAUCGGCUAUUACAUGUGCCGAAUGAUGAUUGCGUGGCCACAGGCUUGCGUUGCAGCAUAUCAUGUCGCAUAUGCAGAGAACCCGCAAAAUCCUCACUUGGGAACACUGAUACCAGACCACCUGCGUGAGCUCGAUGCUCUAGCUGCAGAUUGAUCGCUUGGAGCUGUAGAUUCUUCAGACUAGUUACCUUCAUGAUUCAUAGAUUCUUCGAUUCAUUCGUCAGCUUUCUGCUGCCUGAAACUUAGAAGCAAGACAUCAGUCAGAGUUGUGGUGUUGUGCAUAUGAUUCGAGACUCUGCUGUUGCGUCGCCUGACAUAGGAAUGCUGCUUAUGUAGAGCAAGAUGUCGUGUAGUAUGUUUUGCAGAUUGUUGUGGUCACUAAAGGAGACUGCAUGAUCCGAGAUAGUAGCACAUAUGUGCACCUGUACAGAAAUUAUGUGCAUAGAGCACAUUUACAGAAUGGAAGAUAUGCCCUUUCCGAUGAA